GCCGGCGCCGCAGCCCCUCCCACGCCUACUCCUCAGGCUUCGCACACGCAGGAUGCGUCUCCCACGCUCACUACUGCGCAAUCGAACCGUCUAUUCGACAUCGCGAACCUGAAGGACGACGGCACGAACUUCCCGAUGUGGAAGUUUCGCCUGCAGAUGAUCCUCGAGACGCGAAAGCUCUGGGGAAUCGUCAGCAAGACGGAGCGAGCACCA